AUGAAUUUAUAUCUUUUUCCGACACUUCGUAGUGAAACUCCAAUUACAGGAUAUAAAGUGAUGCAAAAGCACGUUAAACAAAGUGGGGCAAAAAACCCGAAUGCAAUUACGUCUACUAAGUUAAGAAAGCACCUUGCCACAAUGAGUCAAAUACUUGAAUUAUCGCCCAAUGACAUUGAGCAAUUGGCAACCUUUAUGGGCCAUACGAAAGACAUCCAUAAGCAGGUAUAUCGCCUGCCGGAUGAUAUAUAUCAGACGGCAAAAAUUGCUAAACUUUUGGUUUUAAUGGAAAAUGGAAAGGCAGGACAGUACAAAGGUAAGAGUUUAGAUGAAAUUGAAAUGGAUAUGGAAGAAGAGGUGAAUGAAGAUGAAUCAGAUGACGAAGAUACAAAUGUAGAAAUAUUGGUGCAAAACCCUUCAACUUCUUCAGCACCGCCGCCAAAAAAACUUAAAAGAGUACUAAUCCCUUGGAGCACUGAACAAAAAAAAAUAAUUAACUUGUACUUUCAAAAAAAUAUUAGAAAUAAAAGAGCCUUAAAAAAAGAAGAUUGUGAAAAUUUAAAAUCCACACACGAAGGGAUCUUCGAUAACAAAACAUGGCAACAAAUAAAGGUAUAUGUUCAGAAUACCUACUCUAAACAAUAA